UGGAGAGUUCUCAUAUUUUCAAAUAAAUAGCUGUUUGGUCAGCUGCUUUAUUUGUUUUCUAAAUUGUAAACUGAUGUGAUGUCUCACAUUCUAAAAUUUGUGGCUUUUCUUUUCCUUGCAUGUUCAGUCUCAGAAUUUUCGUUAUUAUUAUUCCUACUAUGGAUUUAUAGGUAUUAGUGCGAAUGAGGCCACCACGCAAAGACAAGGAUGAAGAAGAAAUGAUAGUUCUGAAAAUUUCUAAUGAUUGUUUGACAAUCAAUGAGAAAACUUUAAAGUCGACUCAGUUGCAGAUAGAGGCAACGCACGUAAGGUCUUUACGGAGAUGUGAGUUACUCCAGAUACUUAAGUAUCAAUGUCUACGGGAGCAAAUCAAGAAUGCUGAUAGACAACUCAAAUAUCAAUGUCUAUGCCACUAUUCCUUUUUUAGAUUACAGAUUUAUUGGAUGCUAAUCAAAGAGUUAUUUAGAUAAGAGAAAGAUGCUAAAUCAGGGAUAUAUAUUGAAAAUCUCAAAGCGGAGUGUUUAUGUACAGUGUCAAAUGUAAAGCAGCUUUUAAUGAAGGCAUGAAUUUGGGAGACCUUAAUAAAGUAUGGGAGAUCAAGGCCUUGAAGAAGCCGGGAGAAGAAGAAGCCGAGAAGAUUCUAGAAAGAAUCGCCAAACAUGUCCAACCCAUUAUGCGUAACCACAAAUGGCGUGUUAAGCUUCUCUCCGAAUUCUGCCCAAACAAUCCGUCUCUUCUCGGACUGAAUGUAGGAGGAGGAGUUCAGGUGAAGCUCAGGCUUUGGAGGCCGAAUCGGGAUUGGGAUUUCUUCCCUUUCGAUCAAAUUCUCGAUACAAUGCUACACGAGCUUUGUCACAAUGUUCAUGCCCCUCAUAAUGCUAGCUUCUACAACCUUUGGGAUGAACUUAGAAAGGAUGUUUGUCAUGGGCAUAGUUGCUUUAUUUUAGCCAAUUACAACCUAUCAAGCAAGCAUGGGCCUGAAAUAAUGAUUAAAGGCACAACAGGAGUUGAACUGGCAUCUGGCCUCCAUUGGUAUUUGAAGUAUUGGUGUGGUGCUCAUAUUUCUUGGGACAAGACUGCUGGUGCCCAGAUAGCUUCGAUUCCCAAUCCAGGCUCCCUCCCACUUGUAAAAGAUGAGGGAGUUAUGAUUCAACGACCGGUUCUGUGGAACUAUUACCAAAAUGUUGUUACAUCCAGAUGUACAAGCGGUGGAGCCAACGAGAGGCGGUGAAAAUUCAAGGAAGCUAUCAUGCACCAAGCCUAAGCACAAAAAAAGGGAGUUUCUUAAACUUUUCCUUAUUGUGUUGACUGCUUACACUUUUGAGGAUGAUGUGCAUAUAGAGCUUAGAGGGUGAAACGUUUCUUUGUUUAAAA